AUGUGGCCUCCAAUUGACAAGUUACCUGAGGUCCAAUCCUUUAUAGGUGUAAUUUUUGCUGUCACUGGAAACAUUUUGAUAUCUAUUGCAUUGAAUUUACAAAAACACGCACACAAUGAACUUCAGAGAAUUAGUUGUGAUUCGGUAGCAUUUAGUGAUACUCGUAGCGGAUCUAAUCCACAACGUCCCACCUCUUUAUACGAUUCUGAUCUACCGACGCAUACUCUACGAUCAAGUGAAAGUGAUGAUAGUUAUGUGAUGUUGACUGAAUUCGAUGAUUGUGAUAACAAAUCUCACUAUCUUUUUUCCAAAGCUUGGUGGGCCGGAAUAUUACUGAUGGUUAUAGGCGAAUCAGGAAAUUUUAUAGCUUAUGGAUUUGCACCUGCAUCGGUGGUUGCACCAUUGGGAACUGUUGCUCUAAUUUCCAAUGUAAUAUUGGCUCCUAUAAUGUUGAAGGAAAGGUUUCGCACGCAAGAUUUAUUCGGAGUUGUUGUUGCCAUAAUCGGUGCUAUUAUUGUAGUGCUUAAUUCUAAAUCUGAAGAAGUAAAGCUUUCACCAGAAGCAAUAUGCGAAGCAAUAUUGCAAAUAUGGACACAGAUUAAUUUUCAUAGAUUUAUCCUUAGUUGCAAUAUUUGUACGGCUGUACUUCAGAUUAAAUAUCUUAACAAAUCAUUAAGCCAAUUUGAUUCAACGGAAGUAAUUCCAACACAAUUUGUUCUCUUCACAAUAUCAGCAAUCAUUGGCAGCGCUGUUUUAUAUAAUGAUUUUGCUGAUAUGGAUUUUUGGAGAUGUACUGGUUUCUUGGUUGGAUGUUUGUUAACAUUUUUGGGGGUUUUUUUUAUAACCUCAAAUAGAAACAAAACUCGUGGCUACACUCUGGUUUCAACGAAUCCAACCCAGACACCAAAUCCAAUCUCUGCAAUUACAGAUGAUGAUGGCGUAUAUAAUUCACCUAUUGACUUUGAUGGACACUUUUCAUUCAAUACCCAUCGACCAAUUUCCAGCUCUACACCUCGUAGACAUACACUAAACGAAUCUAUAGAUAUUGCCACCCCGCUUUUACAUGGUGAGUUAUAUCCGGCAAAUUAUUCUCACUCAAGAAGCGAUAGUAUUUUCAAAUCGUUGGUUGAUGUGUCUGCCACAACGAUCACUGGGGUUGGUCAAGCGUUAAAUUCUGUUGGUGCUCGCCACUCACAUGCCUUGGGAUUAGAUUCAUCGUACCUUGGCACAUCAUUUACUAAUUCUGAAUAUUAUAAUUCUGGAUAUAAUACUGAAUCAAUACAAGAAGAUUAUGAGAGCGAUGAUGCUGAUGAUACAAGAACAAUUAGUGGUUUAACAAUUUCAACUGAUAAUAGCGGUAAUUUAAGUAGUGGAUUAUAUUCUGGUGAAGAAUAUGAUGAUGAUAAUGAGAGCGGUUCUUAUGAUGUAUUUUCUAAUUAUGGUGCCGAUGAUAUGGAUGGUGAUUUACCAGAUUUGCCUUCUAGGAAUGAACAUAAUAUAAAUAAUGGUGAAACUAGGAAUGAAAAUGAAUCAUAA